GCGCCGGUUCGCUUCGAGUCGCAGGUGGAUUUGGUGCGGCUUGUGUACUGGCCACUGACUACAGUUGUACUGGUUUCUGGAUCUAUCUAUCUCUUUAUACUUUGAAGAUCUUAGCAGGAGUGUAGUUAGACUGCAGAUGUGUCGCUUAUAGUACCUUACGCCUGGAAUUACUCGUGAACAGCGAAGCCAUCCACCACCCACCAUUCCGAGCCCUGAAUGAAGGGGACCUUGAACUGCAACAAAUCACAUAGAGGACAUUCCACUCGCAUUGGGUGGCUGUGCAAGCCGACCAUCAGUCAGUCACAUAAACAGCUGAGCUACUGUAGAUAGCCGGGCGAACAGACAGCUCAAAAGCUUUCCUUCAUCCCUCCAGUUUUGCUCGGACGAUGUCAUAGAAGAAGCAUCAGCCAACUUCAACGUCGACUCACAGUCUUUGCUUUCAGGCGGUCAAAUACCACUACUACGGAUAACAGGACGAUCAUUCCAUUUUCUGGAGAGAUCCGAGCUUCAUCUCCAUCAUUUUCAUCGUCUUCUGUAACCUUUAUUAUCCUCUUCUAUGCGCUGCGAAGCCAUCUUUGGCUGCUGUCAGAAAGGCGAUCCAGCUUUUGUUUGCCGUCCUGCAAUUCCCGCAAUCAUGAGGUGACAUAAUCGGGUCGACAUAAUUCUCCCCUCUGCGAAUUGCUACACAGGGACCAACAUUCUGUCGCUGCCAUGUCCUCGAAGCCAGAUGUUGAGAGGGAUACAUCUCCAGCACCAUGGAGAUCAACAGAUCCAUGGGCCACAAAAGCCCAAGCCCAAGCGCCAGGUGCCUUUCCCAGUUCAUCGAUUGCGCCGCAAAGCCACGUUUCCGCGCCUCAUUCUUUGUCAGCCGCGGUGAGGGCUCGGAAGCAUGAGUACAUUCGCAAGAAGACUCUGAAAAUGAAGGUUGGUACCUGGAAUGUGGCCGCCAUAAGUGGCACCGAAAAGGACCUGGGUGCUUGGUUUGUGGAAGGUUAUGGAGCGAAAGGUCUCAACCAAGACUUAUCUGGGGUCUCUAAUGAGGAUGUGGGUGAUGACGACGAUGACUCCUCGGACAGUGACGACGACAACAUUGAGUCUGUCGAGGCUCAAGAAGCUCGCAUAACUAAGAAGAAAACCACGGUGCCGAUAGGCGACACCCAUGCCGAACCCCACGGUGACCAAAUCGACUUGUAUGUCCUGGGAUUGCAGGAAGUCGUGGAUAUCACUUCCAUGACCGAAGCUGUCAAGCCUUAUACCGACCCGAAUCCUGGCAAGAAAUGGAAAAAGGCGCUCAAACGUGCUUUACCGCCGGGCUACAAGAAGGUCGCGGAGCAGCAGCUUCUCGGCCUUCUCCUUCUCAUCUACGCCUCCGCUGAUCUGGCUCCCAGCAUCGGUUCGGUCAGCACAGCUUCUGUAGGCACUGGGUUAAUGGGCUAUUUCGGCAACAAAGGAGCGGUCGCUGCGCGAAUCAUGCUUGCAGAAACCACGCGACUCUGUUUUGUGAAUUGUCAUCUCGCGGCCGGUUCCGACCAGACUGCCCUGAACCGGCGAAUUUGGGAUACCUAUCAGAUUUUGAGCCGCACCAGAUUCUCCCCGGUCAGCCCCGAUGGCGAAGUUGUAGAGGUUGGGGAGGAAAAGAUAGGCGACGAGGAUUUUUGCUUUUGGUUUGGAGACCUCAAUUACCGCUUGGACGACAUUCCGGGGGAGGAUGUCCGGAGGUUGUUAUUACUGCAUACUCGCAACGAGUACGACGUCAGCAUAAAGUCCAAGCGACGGAUUGACAGUGAGCUGGGCUGGGUUGACCCGCCGUCGAAUGAGUCGCUGCCGGCGCCCAACGAGCGCUACGAAUACAGCGACGCAGAAAGACCAGCCUACGAGAGUACUGCGGAGCCACCGUUGGACCCCAAGUCGGAUCCUGCUUCUUUACACACUACCUUACAGUCUCUUCUGGCUCACGACCAACUACGCGCCCAGCAAAGACUGCGCAGAGCGUUCCACGAGGGGUGGCGGGAAGGGGAGAUUAAUUUCCUUCCUACCUAUAAAUAUGAUGUCGGGAGUGUCGGGAUGUUUGACUCGGGAGACAAAAAGAGAAGUCCCAGCUGGUGUGACCGGAUACUGUUCCGAACUCGGCGCGACAAGCAGAGGUACGAGGAAAAGAAGAAACAGUUGGAAGAAGCACGUCAGAAGGACGAAUCAAUGAAGGCGCGCGGUAUCGACCAAGCAACAGCCGAACAUGAUGUAUUAUUUGACUAUGACCCUGAGACGGACGGACUCGCUUAUGGCGACGGUUACGACGAGUACAACGAAGAAGAAGCCGCUCCGCACGAGGUGGAGCUAGUCCACACCCAAGAGGAUACAGAGGAUACGAUUGAACUGCUCAGUUACCAUUCGCAUCAACGGAUUCUGUCAUCGGACCACAAGCCGUUGGACGCCGUGUUCCGGUUAACGUACGACGCAGUCAUACCGGAGCUGAAAGCCAAAGUGCACCAAGAAGUGGCUCGAGAGCUGGAUAAGGCGGAAAACGAAGGGCGUCCUUCGGUCACUGUGGUAGUGGACCACCAUCAUUCUGAUCCCAUCCCCAACGCUGACGGUGCGGCAGACAUGAACAUUGUCGACUUUGGGGAAGUCCGCUACCGCGUGAGAAAGCCACGGGCUGUAACCAUUGCCAACACGGGGCAAAUUACGGCCUCGUUUGCCUUUGUCGAUCGUCCUACUGAAUCUGCAAACGAUGCCGGCGUCGCUCCACGGUGGCUCAAGGUCCGCUUAGAUCCAUCCCUCGACCACGACGGAACAGAGGGGCAACAAACAACAGCCUCGGCCAGAUCGAUCAGCCUGUCGCCUGGCGAAACGACCAGCGUCGAGCUCUCGAUCAACAUCACUGAUGGCGAACUUGUUUACGAGUUGAACGAGGGGACUUUGCAGCUUGACGACAUUUUAGUUCUCCGGAUCGAGGGCGGACGAGACCAUUUUCUCCCCGUCAGAGGAACCUGGAUGCAAUCGUCCUUCUUCCGCACACUAGAUGAGCUGGUCGUGGCACCAGAGGGAGGUGUGCGCAGCCUUCCCAGAUCACGCAGGAAUCGCGACUCUACUGGGACGGGCAAUGUCCGCAGCACAGUGACGCAUCACUCGGCCCCUAAGGAGCUGUACUCGCUAACGGAGACUCUCCCAACGUACCUCGAACGAUCGCUGGCAGAAUGGGGCAUGAUCCACGACGAACGACAUGAGAUCCCGCCGUGGCAAUACCACAGCAACAAUAACCACAGUGGCCUCUCGUGGCCAUUUAGUCGCGAGACGUGGACAUUCCACGAAGGAGAGGAACGGUCGGAGCUGUUGGCCGGAGUGAGAGAGGCCCUAGACACAGCUCGUCCGCUCGACAGCAAUUUCGACCCCAGUGUGCCAUGUCUCGUACGGCUGGAAGUGUUGGCGGAGACACUGACUUCGUUUCUUCAAUCGCUAAGGGAUGGCAUAAUCUCCGCCGACACUUGGUCCGAAGUGGAACAGCGACUGAGUGUGUCCGAAAAGGGCAAAGUCCAGGCUACCUCGCAGGAGAUCCAGGAUAUGGUCAUGGACUCUCUGUCGCGGUAUCCUGUCCACAGUGUCUCGUUGACUUUUGUGACUUUCUUGUUGAGCAGGAUCAUUACCGAAAUGAUUCCUUUUGGUGGUGGUGUUGGUACUACCGCAGCACCCUCGGUAGCCUCCUUUGCAGACGAACACCACCCUUCAUCAACUGUCGGAAACUCCUCAAUCAGCAGCUCUUCACGGCGAUCUCGCGCCUCAACACUGUCAACUGAUUCCGAACACACCGCUACGUCGCUAGCCGGGUCGGAGAAUAGCACUACUACCACUUCUUUACCACCCGUGGGAGCGACCAAACGAAGUCUAUUCCCAUCUCUACCUUCUUUGCCUCUACGUCGGCGGCGAACCGGGACUGGAACCGGAACAGGAACAGGUUCCGAAUCUUCUACCACCACGGAUGCACUCGCACCGCCGGUCGAAGACUCCCUCACAACAACAGCAACCGUCGACAUCGACUCGGAACGGCGCAAGAAACAACUGGUGGCCGCCUACGUCGACGUCUUCGCACCCAUCGUGAUCCGCUCUGCGAAUGACACCGACAGGCAUCUAAAACCGAAAGAGAAAAAACUGCUUGAUGCGCGGAAGAGGCGUGUUUUGGAGGCCUUUCUCGAAACAACUUAGAGUUACUGUGCCGUUGCCGUUGCCGUUGGAUAUCUACUGUACCUAGUACUCAGCUUGUACUGGAUAUAAAUAGCCUUGAUAACAGUCCAGAGUCCAGUUCUUACUAAACUACCACUACUGUACCUACAGUAGAUACUAUAUUUACUUAUCACCGUUGUUAUUAUUAUUAUUAUUAUUACGUGGGCAUACUACGAUCUGGAGGGGAGAGGAUUUCAUCUCGCCCAUUAUCACGACUCCCCCCUCGCGAACGAACGGGACCUAGAUUUCUCUUAUCGAGUAGGAUUCAAGUUAUAAGUUCGUUAAGCAGAUCAUACUGUACAUAGGUAGUCCUCAGGAGGAGGUUUCACACACACAACUUGGAGGCUGGGUCGUGGAUCGUGGACCGGUACUGGAGAUUCAAUGUUUGACAAUCACUACAAUGUUGUUUGUACUUUAAGUCCAAAAUUGGGCUUCAUCAUUCAAUUCGAUUCCAUUCCAAGUUCG